AUGCGACUCUCGUUGACAUCAUUUCUCGCUCUCACCGGCGGUGUGCUCGCACAGACCGGCAGCAUUGGCUCGUACAUCACCACCGAGUCGCCUAUUGCGGAGGCUGGUGUGCUCGCAAACAUCGGUGCCUCUGGUUCGCUGUCCGAUGGCGCAUACUCGGGAAUAGUUAUCGCCAGUCCCAGCACCGUGAACCCAGACUACCUCUACACAUGGGUCCGUGACUCUUCCCUGACGUUCAAGGUUCUCAUCGACCAGUACACCUCGGGAGAGAACAGCUCAGACUCGCUUCGCACGCUCAUCGACGAGUUCGUCACCGCCGAGUCGAUCCUCCAGCAGACUAGCAACCCGAGCGGGACGGUCAGCACUGGCGGCCUCGGCGAGCCCAAGUUCAACAUCGACGAAACCGCCUUCACCGGCGCGUGGGGUCGUCCGCAACGUGACGGCCCUGCCCUCCGCGCCACCGCUAUCAUCGCGUAUGCGAACUGGCUGCUGGACAAUGACAAUGCGACCUAUGUGACUGACACUUUGUGGCCGAUGAUCGAGCUUGACCUGGGUUAUGUCGCGGAGUACUGGAACGAUACGACCUUCGACCUCUGGGAGGAAAUUGACUCUUCUUCGUACUUCACCUCAGCCGUCCAACACCGCGCACUUCGCGAGGGCAUUACGCUCGCGACCAGGCUCGACGAGACGUCCGAUGUCAGCGACUACGAGACGCAGGCAGAUGGCAUCCUGUGCUUCAUGCAAUCUUUCUGGAACCCAGAUGAUUUGUACAUGACAGCGAACACUGGUGGUGGCCGCUCGGGCAAGGAUGCAAACACCGUUUUGGCAUCAAUCCAUACGUUCGACGCGGAAGCCGUCUGCGAUGACCUUACCUUUCAGCCGUGCUCGGAUAAGGCGCUCUCGAACCUGAAGGUCUAUGUUGACUCCUUCCGGGAUCUUUACACCAUCAACGAUGACAUUGCGGCUUCGGAAGCUGUCGCGACUGGUCGUUAUCCAGAGGACGUCUACUAUGGUGGAAACCCAUGGUACCUCUGCACCUUUGCGGUCGCCGAGCAGCUCUAUGAUGCCUUGAUCGUCUGGGAGGCAGCCGGCGAGAUCAACGUUACCGACACUUCGCUCGCCUUCUUCCAGCAAUUCGAGUCGACGCUUACUACCGGGACAUACGACUCCAGCACGGACACGUACAGUGAUCUGAUGACAUUCGUCAAGGACUUUGCGGACGGCUUCGUGCUCAUGAAUGCGCAGUACACGGCGUCGAAUGGGUCUCUGAGCGAGCAGUACUUGGAGUCGGACGGCGCACAGACGAGCGCCUACGACCUGACGUGGAGCUUUGCGUCGGCGCUGACGGCAUUUGCGAGGAGGAAUGGGACAACGUACGGUAGCUGGGGCGCGGCGAACGCGAAUUCGUCUUGCUUGAGCUCUGGAACAGUCGCCGUGACGUUCGAAGUCGUUUACGACACUGUCUACGGAGAGAACCUCUACAUCACCGGCUCGGUCUCUGAGCUUGCGGAUUGGUCGGUAGAUAACGCGCUCGAGAUGUCGAACCCCGACUAUCCCACUUGGUCGAUCACCGUCUACCUCCCUGCUAAUACGGCCCUUCAGUACAAGUACCUCACGAAGUACAAUGGAGACGUUACGUGGGAGGACGACCCGAACAACGAGAUCACGACGCCGUCCAAUGGCAGCGUGACUCAGAGUGAUAGCUGGCAUUAG